AAGAGCCAAAAUUAGAACCUAUCAAUACUCAAAGGACUAAAAAUGCUAAUAUUCCAUUGUUCUUUUUUUAUCUUAAAGAUGAUGAAAUCAAGAAAGGCUUUAGCCUAUGGCAGACCAAAAUCACCAAUCAUGUUCCUUUCUAUUUCUGGACAUCCUCCUACCACUAUAAAUAGCCUCUUCAUCCAACGCCCAAACCCAAUAAUCCCAUUUCCCCUCUCUUCUCCGAGAACUCAUCUUUCUUAUUCAUUCAUCAAACCCAUUAAUUCAUUUCCAUUCUCUGUUUCAUCAAAGGCCCCCACUUCUAUUGUUCUUGCUCACAAAGGAAGUGAACUAGAAUUUGAGAAAGGAGUUGAGGAGGAAGAAGAAGCAGCCAUGACAAUCACUUCGGGGAUAAGGAUUUCCGAGAGGAAACUGGUUGUGAAAGACAGAACAAUAUUAACAAAUGUACCUGACAACGUAAUCACCACUUCCGGACCUGGAGCAGCAUCAGGUCCAUUGGAGGGUGUAUUUCUUGGUGCUGAAUUUGAUCAAGACAACAGCCGGCAUGUCGUGCCGCUCGGGAAAUUACAAGAUGUCCGGUUCUUGUCUUGUUUCAGGUUCAAACUAUGGUGGAUGGCUCAGAAAAUGGGUGAUAAAGGAAGUGAAAUUCCAAUGGAAACUCAAUUUCUCCUUGUCGAAACCAAAGAUGGAUCUCACCUCCAAUCCAGUAACAACAAAAACAACUACGAUGACAACAACAACGAUGUUCUUUAUGUCGUUUUCCUUCCUUUAAUCGAAGGUUCAUUCAGAGCAGUUCUUCAGGGGAAUCCUGAAGACGAGCUCGAAUUGUGCUUGGAAAGUGGCGAUAAGGACACUGUCAGCUCGUUAUUUAAUCAAGCAGUUUAUAUGCAUGCUGGCAGUGAUCCGUUUGUCGUCAUCACAGAGGCUAUAAGGGCAGUGAAGUUGCAUCUCAAGACUUUCAGGCAACGCCAUGAGAAGAAACUCCCCGGAAUUGUUGAUUACUUCGGGUGGUGUACUUGGGAUGCUUUUUACCAAGAAGUGACUCAAGAAGGCGUUGAAGAUGGCCUUGAAAGUCUUACUGCCGGUGGUAUACCGCCGAAAUUCAUCAUCAUUGAUGAUGGCUGGCAGUCAGUGGGUGGUGAUCCGGAAGUUGAGAAACCGUUAAUGAGACUUACAGGAAUCAAAGAAAACGAGAAAUUUCAGAAGAAGGAAGAUCCAACAGUAGGGAUCAAAAACAUUGUGAAUAUAGCUAAGGAGAAAUACGGGUUGAACUAUGUAUAUGUAUGGCACGCGAUAACGGGUUAUUGGGGUGGGGUACGACCUGGAGUGAAGGGGAUGGAGGAAUACGAUUCGGUUGUGAAGUAUCCGGAUAUUACAAAAGGGGUGAUGGAGAAUGAACCGGGUUGGAAAACGGAUCCGAUUGCUGUUCAGGGUUUGGGUUUGGUUAACCCGAAAAGUGCUUAUAAGUUCUAUAAUGAAAUGCAUAGUUAUUUGGCAUCAGCUGGAGUGGAUGGAUUGAAGGUGGAUGUACAGUGUAUAUUAGAGACCUUAGGGGAUGGUUUAGGGGGUCGGGUUGAGCUCACAAAACAGUAUCAUCAAGCUCUUGAUGCUUCCGUUGCUCGGAAUUUCCCCGAUAAUGGUUGCAUUGCUUGCAUGAGCCACAAUACUGACGCGCUUUACUGCUCAAAGCAGACAGCAGUUGUAAGAGCAUCGGAUGAUUUUUUUCCAAGAGAUCCAGCUUCACACACCAUUCACAUUGCUUGUGUAGCAUACAACAGUGUGUUCCUUGGAGAAAUUAUGCAGCCCGAUUGGGACAUGUUUCAGUCGCUUCAUCCCGCUGCCGAGUAUCAUGGCUCAGCCAGGGCGUUGAGUGGUGGUCCUGUCUAUGUUAGUGAUGCACCUGGCAAACACAACUUUGAUGUCCUAAGGAAGCUUGUUCUUCCAGAUGGUUCAAUUCUUCGUGCUCGUUUGCCUGGUCGACCUACAAAGGACUCCCUUUUCACUGAUCCAUCUCGUGAUGGUGUAAGCCUUUUGAAGAUAUGGAACAUGAACAAAUACACUGGUGUGCUUGGAGUAUACAACUGCCAAGGUGCAGCAUGGAGCUCGGUUGAGAGGAAGACUACAUUUCACAAGACCAACACAGACGCGAUAACAGACUAUAUCAGGGGCCGUGAUGUCCAUUUCAUAUCUGAAGCUGCCUUGGAUCCCAAAUGGAGUGGAGACUGUGUUCUUUACUCUCACGGAAGUGCCGAGCUUGUUGUUCUCCCUUGCAAUGCAGCAAUGCCUGUUUCUUUUAAGAUCCUUGAGCACGAGACAUACACUGUCACACCUAUUAAGGUCUUGGCACCUGGCUUCAGCUUUGCACCAUUGGGGCUCAUUGACAUGUACAAUGCCGGCGGGGCAAUUGAGGGACUAAAAUACGACGUGAAGGCAGGCGCAGAAUUGUCUGAACUUGACAAUGGAUAUCAAGGCGAAGGAAAUCUUGUGGCGGAAGAUAGAAUCGAGAACUUGAGCACUGAAGCAGUUGCAGUUGUGUCAAUGGAAGUAAAGGGGUGUGGUCGGUUUGGUGUUUACUCAUCCGUCAAACCGAGGAAGUGCAGUGUGGGUGGAGAUAUGGUAGAGUUUGCCUAUGACUCAGACUCUGGUUUGUUGACUUUGAAUCUUGAUGCUAUGCCUCCAGCAGAUCAGAAAGUCCAUAUCAUUGAAGUUGAAGUAUAGAUCCAAGGAAGGAAGACAUUGUUUGGCAAGAUAUUAAGAGGCAUUAUUUGGGGACUUAAAAGUGGGAUAGGACUUGAGACUUAUGGCAACUUACCUUACUAGAUUAUGAUCCCUAUUAUGUGUCCCCUCUGAUUUGUAUCACCAUUGAAUAGUUAGCUCCAUUUGCCUUUCAUGGAAGGGAAGCGUGGCAGAAGCUGAUGACUGAUGGCACUUCGAUAACAGUUCGUCUGUAGUCCAGCGGCUUUUUAGAUUUAUCUAUGUAGUAGUAGGAAAAUAAAAAUCUUUGUAGUUCUAUGCGGUGAUGUCCAUUUCUAAUGGAAUAUCCUUCAAUAAUAUGAUGAUUGUGUUUUGGUAA